GAAAGUAUCUUACCCUGAACUAGUAUGUUCUCAUCUUCAAGUCUUUUUCAAUCUUUGUCAUGUCCAGAGAUAAAUUAUUGUAAUCGUCCAAAAUGCGUGUUCUCACACAACCUAGAUAUCUUACCUUCUCAACAUGUCCUCAACAUCCCGGUGCAACCCAUCCCACAGAAAACAGCCACCGCCGCCGCCGCCGUACCACGCCCAGUACCCUCAAAGCGACCGUUUCAUAACAUCGCACAAGGAUCCUCUUCCAGUACCAAUGGCACUCCUCCCCCCACACAACGACUCAGAGUCGGUACUAUGCAGAAGUCAGUGGCCGUUCCCGCCGCAUCCCACACUAGUACCGGCGUACCAAUCAUUAGAAUUAACCCCGCACAAUCUCAAGUCGCCAUCCCAGUCCGACAAGCAAUGCUAAAGACAGUCUACGACCACUUUCUCGUCCUUUACGACACUAUACUCCCCUUAAACCCGACCCUCGCUUCUGAGCAUGCCCUUCGUCAAGAGGAACAAGUCUACACAAAGUCCACUAAGUUGACAUAUCGCAACGCUGUCAUAAAUUCAAUAGCAGCUUUGAAGCGACGUCCAAUACCGACGUCUAUAUCACAUCCUUCUGUAGGAACUGAAGAAGAUUUGGCAGCUCGCGCAGAGUCCAGGAAAAAAUUGGAUGACCUCCGGGUAACUCGACACAUUCUCAAAUCACUUGUCAUGUCCCUAGAGGACUUGCAGACAUGGGGAUUUAUUACCGAAGUGCCCGAAGGGCUCGGAGGAGACCAACCGACUGCUGAAGGCAAAAUCAUUCAAUGCGAACGAUGCACCCAGCCAUACAUGGUUAACAACAAUCCUGUAUCAGAAGAAUGUCAUUUUCACUGGGGAAGGCUGUUCACACACAAAGUCAACGGAGAGCGUAUGCGUUCCUAUUCUUGUUGCUCUAAGCCAGCGGAGGAAAGCGGAUGUACCAGAGGCCACCACGUUUUCUAUGAGUCUAAAGCAGAAGAUUUGCACUCACGCCAUGCAUUCUCCUUUACUCGUCCACCAGUCGCUGAUAUAGAGAUGGAUACAGCCUUAGACGUCGUUGCUUUAGACUGCGAGAUGGUUUACACAACUGGAGGUAUGCGCGUCGCCCGUGUUUCGGUAGUCGAUGGUUCCGGGAAACAAGUUUUUGAUCAACUAGUAAGAAUGGACGAUGGAGUUGAAGUCAUAGACUAUAAUACGCGAUUCUCAGGCAUUACCCAGGAAGAGCACGCACAGGCUGCGCUUUCAUUGUCAUCUAUACGCGAAUCCCUUGACGUGUUCAUUAACCGCGAUACAAUUGUCAUCGGACACGCCCUUCACAACGAUCUCAAUACACUUCGGAUCGUUCAUCAUCAGUGCGUUGAUACGGCUAUCAUCUUCCCUCAUCGCCAAGGUCCCCCAUAUCGACGUUCUUUGAGGGAUCUGGCCAAAGAACACCUUGGUCUCACAAUCCAGGCUGGUGGCGGAACAAGCGGUCAUUCUUCAGUGGAGGACUCUGUAGCAACACUUGAUCUUGUGAGGUGGUAUGUCCUGAACAAGCUCAAACCGGCUGCGAAGACGUAGAUACUGCCACUACCACUACUACUACUGGGUAUCACCCCACGCAUACCUCUCAGGUAUGAGAUAUCCGCUAUCCAGACACCACUGCCAUGCCUUUGAGUGCGACGAUUGAAUCCUAAUCGGCUCGGGGUAGUGUGUUCAGCGGAUCAA